AUGGGUGUCGUUGAGGCCGUCGUGGAACAAUUAUCUGCGAAAUUUAUUCUUUCCUUCCUCCUAUUUGCUCUUGUGUUGCGCGGCGUCCUCCGCCGUCUCGACGAGCAUCGACGUAUCAAGCGCCUAGGUAAUUAUGGCAAAGACAUGGGAAGCUGGGUUCCACUGGGCCUGGACAUAAUCUCUAGAGGUCUCCGUGCAGUAUGGACUCAUAAAACCAUGGAGGUCUGGCGCGAUCAGUUCUUUAAGCGUAACAAGCGCAACACGGUUGAGGCCCGUAUCGCCAACGAACGCGUCGUCUUUACCAUUGACCCGGACAACAUCAAGGCCAUCCUGGCGACACAGUUUUCUGAUUUUGGCAAAGGAGAGCCUUUCCGUCAAGAAUGGGGCGAAUUUCUAGGCGACAGUAUCUUUACUACUGACGGCGCUAUGUGGCAUAAUAGUCGUCAAAUGCUGCGACCUCAAUUCACCAGAGACCGUGUUAGUGACUUAGAUUGUUUCGAGUCUCACAUGGAUACCCUUUUCAGGGCCAUGGCGAAUGGCGGUGCCUUACAAGGAGAGAACCAGCCCGUUGAGAUGAGCAAGGUUAAUGGCCAAGUCAUUGACAUUGCCGAUUUGUUUUACCGAUACACGCUGGAUGUCGCCACUGACUUUCUUCUCGGAGCUGACGUUCAGUCGAUGAGCACCCCCAAGCAAGAAUUCGCCGAAGCCUUCAACAAUGUCCAGCGCUUUCAGAACAUCUCUUCUCGUGCCAACAACUUGCGCUGGUUGCUUCCCAAAUGGCAGUACCGCGCUGAUCUCCGUGUAAUCAACACGUUCGUCGGACGUUUCAUCGACCUCGCACUACGAAUGACCCCUGAUGAACUUGAAUCCAAGAGCAAAGCCGACAAGGGCUACACCUUCCUCCACGAGCUCGCUCGUUUCACCCGCGACCCCAAGGUCAUUCGAGACCAAGUUAUUGCAGUCUUGCUCGCUGGCCGCGAUACCACUGCCGGAACCUUGUCAUGGGCUAUUUACGAACUGGCUCGUCACCCGGAAUGUUUCACUAAGAUGCGACGAGAAAUCCUCGACGUUGUCGGCCCUACUAAGCCACCUACUUAUGAGCAUCUCAAGAACAUGUCUUACAUGAAGGCCGUCAUCAACGAAACGCUUCGCCUCUACCCUUCUGUUCCAUUCAAUGUACGCCUCGCUCUCAAGGACUGCACCCUUCCUCGCGGCGGCGGACCCGAUGGCACAGAGCCCCUGCCCGUCCUCAAAGACACCAAAGUCGGUUAUUCAACGCUGGUUAUGCAGCGUCGGCCGGAGCUGUACCCCCCUGUUUCCGAGACGUUCGCCGACCCUGCUGUGUUCAGCCCCGAGCGCUGGGCAAACUGGCACCCGAAGCCUCACGAAUACAUUCCUUUCAAUGCUGGUCCUCGUAUCUGUAUUGGUCAGCAGUUCGCCCUGACGGAGAUGAGCUACGUUCUUGUACGAAUGUUCCAGCGCUUCGACCGUCUUGAUAACCACAUGUUUGCAUUGGAUGGGGAUAAUCCCAUGUUGAGGGCAGACGUGGUCUUGUCCCCUGGACAAGGUGUACAUGUUGCUUUUUGGGAGGCACAAAAGGCAUGA